AUGGAUCCUAGUAGCUGCAAAAGGCAGAAGCAUGAUACUGGGCAUGAUAGCACGCCAGGCACCCAGUCCCCGUCAAGCAUCAUAAGUCAUAACAGAUCUGUGCGUCUUAGGUUUCUCGAACGAUUCGACGAGUUGAAGUAUGGGAGUGCCACUGAAGAUUACAAGGCAAUUGAGAGAAAGAAGCACCAACUUAUCAGCACCCUUGAAAAGCUGCAACAAGUACCUAUCAAGUUGCCCUGUGCCAGCGCGGCGCUGGAGACAUCAGAUGCAGGAUUACAUGGUGCUGCACAAAGUGGGAAAAAUAUUAGUUCUGAUAAUAUUGUCGACUUGGAUCAGUAUGAUGUUGAAGAUAAUACCCAUGGUAACAUGGAUAAUACUGAGGCUCAGAAAACGGUCAUUUUACUUGAUUCUGAUGAUGAGGACAUGGUUAAAUCCUUUGGAGAUGGAAAUUUAUCUGGUUCUAAGCAAAAUGCUGAUUUUACCCAAGAUUGCAUGCCGGCUGAGCAGCCUUGCCAAGACCAGGACAUCAUCAUGCGCAAUGAUGAGAAUAUCAAUUCUGAAGCUCUUGUAGUUGAUCCAGGAAAGCGCAGCAUGGUACUGACUAAUUGCCAUCUAUGUUUCAAGCCAAAGGAAAUUGCUUUAUUCGAUGGCCAUGAUACUUCAGAGCCACAACAACUGAACAAGCAAGGACAUGAUCACAUAAACAUUCACAAUGAGAGUCGUGAUGAGGAGAAAGAAACAAGGGAAGGAGAAGGUGAAGAUGUCCAAAGUAAAGGCCACAUGGAGAACAACAAUAUAUCUGCUGUAGAUUCUUAUGAAAUAUCUUGUGAGGUCAUACAAAGUGAAUCCAUGGAAGAGGGAAAUUAUAAUCACAUUGAUACCAUUGACAAUCCAGUUGAUGAGCUGGAUGACCUUUGGAAGGACAUGUCGGUUGCGCUGGCAAUGUCGAAGACCAUUGGAAGUGAUCACAGUAUUGUUCCGUCAGAGAAGAAUAGUUCUGAAGUAGUGGAUGAUUGUCAUCAUGACUUCGUGAUGAAAGAUGAUUUGGGCAUUGUGUGCCGUGUUUGUGGUUUGAUCCAGCAACGCAUUGAGAAUAUUUUUGAGUUACAAUGGAAAAAGCGCAACCGAUCCUACAGAACGUACCCGCAAGAACCCAGAAACUGCAACGAUCUCGAGGCAACUACUAAUCCUUCAGGAGAUAUUCUUCAAGUUGCCCCUGGUACUCUGUCAAUCCACCCUCAGCAUUCAGAACGGAUGAAACCUCACCAAGUGGAAGGUUUUAAUUUCUUGAUCAAGAACUUAGCAGAUGAGAACAACCCUGGAGGUUGUAUUCUAGCACAUGCACCAGGUUCUGGAAAGACUUUCAUGCUGAUUAGCUUUGUUCAAAGCUUCCUGGCCAGAUACCCGGCAGGAAGGCCGUUGAUUAUCCUUCCAAAGGGCAUUCUGGCAACAUGGAGAACAGAAUUUGUCCGUUGGCAAAUUAAGGACAUGCCCAUUCCACUGUAUGACUUCUACUCCUCCAAAGCUGAUAGCCGGUCUGAACAACUCGAUGUUUUGAACCUGUGGGAAGAAAACAGAAGCAUAUUGCUGCUAGGGUAUCAGCAAUUUGCAUGCAUAGUGUCGGAUCAGACGAAUAAAGCAGAAGCAGUCAUGUGCCAAGAGAAGUUGCUGAAGGUCCCGAGUCUUGUCAUUCUAGAUGAAGGCCACACUCCGAGAAAUGAGCAAACUGACCUACUCAAUGCACUUGGAAGUAUAAGGACUCCUAGAAAAGUUGUGCUCUCAGGAACCUUAUUUCAGAAUCAUGUCAAGGAGGUCUUCAACAUCUUGAACCUUGUCCGGCCAAAAUUCUUGAAAACGGAGCGAUCUCGUGGGAUAGUGAAGCGCGUACUAAGCAAGGUGGACAUGUUGGGGAAAAAUGCAAGGUCAAGGAACAUUUCAGAUAAGUUCUGUGAUUUGGUUGAAGAAAACCUUCAGAAGGACGCAAAUGAUAAAAUGAGAGCGAUGAUCAUCGAGAGUCUACGCGAGCUAACUGCAAACGUGCUCCACUAUUAUCAAGGCGAGCUUUCGGAGGAGCUACCAGGACUUUUGGACUUGACUGUUUUUCUGAAAAUGAGUACUGAGCAGGAAGAGGUCCUGAGGGGUUUGGUGGGACUGGGGAAAUUCAGCAAAAGUGCAAAAUGCAGUGCUGUUUCUCUUCAUCCAUGCUUAAAGGAUAUCCAGAACAUUAAAGACAAGAACCGAGAUAUUGUCGUUGAGAAGAUCGGUUCCAUCAUGCGUGGAAUUGAUAUCAAAGUUGGGGCAAAGUCAAAGUUUAUAUACAAUUUGUUGUGUCUGUCAGAAGCUGCAGGAGAGAAGGUACUCGUGUUCAGCCGGUACGUGCGUUUUCUCAUUUUCUUGGAAAUGCUGAUCGUAAGAGAGAAAGGAUGGGUUCCAGAGAUGCACAUUUUCAGCAUGACCGGUGAAUCAACUCCAGACCAGCGAGACAAGGCGGUCGAGAGAUUCAACCAAUCACCAGACGCUAAGGUUUUCUUCGGUUCCAUCAAGGCAUGCGGCGAGGGCAUCUCCCUCGUCGGUGCGUCGCGGGUUGUCAUUCUGGACGUCCAUGAAAACCCUUCCGUGAUGCGCCAGGCGAUCGGUCGUGCUUUCAGACCAGGUCAGACCAAAAUGGUGUACUGCUACCGCCUUGUCGCUGCCGACUCGCCGGAAGAGGAGGAUCACAACACGGCCUUCCGAAAGGAAUGGGUGUCCAAGAUGUGGUUCGAAUCAAACGAUCUUUGUGGCAAUGAUGAUUUUGAGCUUGCCACUGUGGACGUUUCAGAGAGCGGUGACAGGUUUCUCGACAAUGAGGCGUUGCGACAAGAUAUCAAAUCUCUAUACAAAAGGUAUGUGUGA